AGACUGUGAGCCUGCUACAACCGUCACUAGAUGGAACACGAAAAGAACCUCGCAAUGAUAGCUGCGCUAGUUGUUGCUGCAGGAGUCCUAGCCUUUCUCUGGACAGUAAUUCUGAGAAUUCUUGGAGGUUUCAUGAUCUGGACAUCAAUCCUCGCUAUACUAGGAAUUCUUGGAGCAGGAUGCGGAUACAGCUGGUUUAAAUGGAAUAAUUUGAGAAAAGCUGGUGCAGUGGAUGAUUUUUCUUUUCAACCAAUAUUCAGUGUUUAUUUUGAGAUGCCAACUACGUGGCUGGUUGUGGCUAUUAUCGUGAGUUCGGCUUUGCUUCUCCUCCUUCUAAUACUCCUGUUCGUAAGGAAAAGAAUAUCUAUUGCAGUAGCACUGAUCGAGGAGUCCAGCAAGGCAGUUGGUUGUAUGAUGUCAACGCUGAUAUUUCCUAUCUUUCCAUUUGCACUUCACCUUUUGGUGAUUGCGAUAUGGGGUACAAUUGCUAUUUGGCUAGCAUCUUCUGGUGCUGAAACCUGUGUUAAAAACGACGGCAGAAAUACUACCUGUGAUUGUUCUACAAGUGCUCAGGAUCCCACCUGUAUCUUCGUGGGUCUUACUAAGCAAGAGUCUACAAUAUUCUGGUUACAAGUUUAUAAUCUUUUUGCUUUCUUUUGGAUGACGUGUUUUGUUUCUGCUUUAGGAGAUAUUUCCCUUGCUGGAGCAUUUGCUAGUUAUUAUUGGGCAAAAAACAAACCCAAAGAUGUACCAACGUUCCCAGUUCUGAGAGCUUUGGGUCGUGCCAUUCGUUACAAUCUCGGAUCAUUGGCAUUUGGCUCCUUAAUAAUAGCUGUGAUCAAGCUAAUACGUGUAAUUUUGGAGUAUUUGGACAAAAAGCUUCAAACAACGAACAGUGUUGUACUCAAAACUAUUUUGUCAGCUUUGAAAUGUUGCUUUUGGUGCAUGGAAGUAUUCUUCAAAUUCCUCACUAAGAAUGCCUUUAUUAUGAUGGCAAUUUAUGGGAAAAAUUUCUUCACGUCAGCUAAGGAUAGCUUUAUGUUGUUGGUUAGAAAUUGUGUAAGAGCCGCGGUCGUGAACCAAGUGGCUGGCAUAUUGCUCUUCCUUGGGAAAGCUCUGAUUACGCUUGGAAUGGGUGUCGUCGCUUUUUUCUACUUUUCCGGUCAAUGGGUUGUCGAUGGUAUCCCACGGGUCGAUCUCUAUUACUAUUUUGUACCAAUAAUCAUUGUUCUAAUAGGAAGUUAUUUCGUUGCGGAUUUGUUCUUUGAUGUCUAUGAGAUGGCCGUCGAUACAACUUUUAUAUGCUUUUUGGAAGAUUCCGAGCAGAACGAUGGCAGCCCAGAGAAGCCAUUUUAUAUGUCGAAAAAUCUUCAAAAUAUACUGGAUGUGAAGAAUGGGACAUGAGUGAUGACGAGCCGGUCGCGACCUUUACUCAACCAUCAAUGAC